UCUUCUUCUGCAAUCGCUCCCGUGACCCGCCAUUGGUUCGUCACUGUAGGUAGCGACCCCCGAGCUCUUUUCCCUUUAGCUCGGCUUCUGCUUCUGCUUCGGCUUCGGCUUCUUGGCUCUCCUAGGUUCCUGGAGUUCCCGAGGAAGGAAGAGAAAAACCAAGAACCGGAGGAUGAAGAUACAGUGCGACGUGUGCGAGAGAGCCCCGGCGACGGUGAUCUGCUGCGCCGACGAGGCCGCCCUCUGCGCCAGGUGCGACGUCGAAGUCCACGCCGCGAACAAGCUCGCCAGCAAGCACCAGAGGCUCCUCCUCCACUCCCUCUCCGCGAAGCUCCCCGUCUGCGACAUCUGCCAAGAGAAGCCAGCUUUCAUAUUCUGCGUGGAAGACAGAGCUCUCUUCUGCAAGGAUUGCGACGAACCAAUUCAUCCCGCCGGAAGCCUGUCUGCAAAUCACCAGAGGUUACUGGCAACUGGAAUCAGAGUCGCUCUUAGCUCUAGCUGCACCACAGAUGCUGAGAAGAUUCAAUCUGAGCCACCGAGCCGGAAUGCACCUCAUACGUCGGUGAAAUCGCCCCAACAGCAAGCUUCCAGUAUCACGCCUUCAUGGGGUGUUGUUGAUGAACUGCUACAGUUGUCAGAUUUUGAAUCCUCUGACAAGAAGGAACAACUCGAGUUUGGUGAGCUAGAAUGGCUCGCUGAUAUGGGUCUCUUUGCUGAUCAGCUUCCUCAAGAAGCCCUAGCAGCAGCUGAAGUUCCUCAGCUCCCAUUGCCAUACUCGAGCAACUGCACUUCAUACCGAACCACAAAAUCCCAGAUGCCUCACAAGAAGCCAAGGAUUGAAUACGUAGACAAUGACGAUGAGUUUUUCACCGUUCCCGAUCUUGGCUGAUGAGAAAGGGAUACUGAUGCAUCCUUUCUGCACAGAAAUAUGUGUAUCUAUCUACAUAUAUUUGUAGGCAUCUACUUAUGUGUAAUGAAGGAACCUUAGAUUGAGAAUCGUCUCGUGAUGUGUGGGGAUUAACUGCGUCCUCUCAUUUUUUGGGUCUUCUUGUAAUAUCCUUUUUGUGAUCUUUUGGAACUACAAAUCAAAUGGUCCAUCUUGUUUGGUUUUUGAAA